UCAUAUCACAUCAAACUCUGUUGAUCUCGCUUGGCCAGCCACCAAUGAUCACGGCGCAAUGAUCCUCCGAUAUGUGGUGUCUAUCGAUGAACAUCGCACUGUGGAUGUAGAUGGUCAUCGCCUAAACACUACCAUUACGGAUUUAGCAAGAGCUUCCUCCUAUACGUUCAAGGUCCAUGCUGUGAAUUCUCAUGGGAACGGUGAACCGUCUGAUCCUAUCACAGUGAAGACCAAGGAUACUUGCAGUGCGGAUCCUCCAAGUCAACCAACGAUUCAGGCAGUGUUCUCCGAUGGUAUCAGCAUUCGGUGGUAUCCUGCUACUAAUCCUAGCUGCUCUCUUGAAGUCACAGGUUAUCGUGUCAUUUACGCUGAUGGGAGUGGUGUGGCAUGCUCUCCUUCAGCUGGGCUCAAUUUCUGUGAUAUUACAGGCUUGUCUAAUAAGAAAACUUAUUCUGUAAAGGUCCAAGCUGAGAACUCGGCGGGCUGGUCUAACCUCACGACCCCAACCAUCAUCGCUCAAACCCUGGAUAGGGCACCAAGUGGCAUUGGGUGCAACACGAGGGAUCAGGUCCGUUGGUGGAUGUCGGUUCAGAACAACGAUG